GGCAUCUUCAUAUCAUGUUCUUCCUGGUUGAACAUAUCUCUCUCCGGUCCCGUGACUCGAUAGCUGAGAUUAACCGUCGACCUGGUUGGCAAGAUGGGGGACUCGGCAAUGAGUAGUCUGGACGUGCAGUCUUUGGAGCGGAGGUAUAUCGGUUUGCUGGAGCAGCGAAUCGCACAGUUGGAGAAGCUCGUCGCGUUGAAUGCCAGCCCGGAGGUCAAAGAAUCCGAGACGCCCGCAAAUCCGGAGCCAAAUAAGACCGAAGACAAACCCGCUGAAGUGCCUGCCCCUAACACGAGCACGAAGACAGAAACCACGAACGUGAAAGAAGAGGAAGGGGUGAAGAAGGAAGAAGAGGUGAAAAAAGAAGAAGUUGAUGGCAACCCCAGGAUCCAGCUGCUCGAUUCACGGUACAACGAGGAGAAAGGCAUCUUCGAAGACGUCCCAUCCAACCUACCACCCACAAACAAAGGAUCAGAGCCCAGCUUACCCUACGCAUUUACCUGGCGGAGAUCAUUCGACGAGACCAAGAAAUACACCGGUUCAAACGCCACCAUCAGCUCCCCGGGCCUGGAGGACCUCAUCAAGAGGACCUGUCGACCAUCCUCAGUCACCAACUACAACAGCUUCUCCGACAAAUUCGAUAUUUUGGUCUGGGACUGGGACCGGUUGGAGGAAGCUGCUGCUGCUGGGGAUGGCGAGACUCCGAAUGUCGAUGCCGCCGACCUGCAACUGCUCCUGGAGAGGGUGCGAUCCACCUCAGAGCUCGAAUCGUAUUUCCAAAAGCGGGAUCAGUGGGCCAAGAAUGCUGAGAUUCCUUUUGAGUAUCUUUGGACUCUGUUUCCCCCGGGUGAGAUGGUAUAUUCGCAGGUGGUCUUCGACUGUCCUCAAGUCUUCAUCGCUCGCGAAUAUACGUAUGAGGAUUACCGCGCGCGAAAUGGCACCGACAAGAGUUACUUUAGUCUGACGUGUUGGUCCUACGACUGGAAUGGAGAGACCUUUAAUCGCGUCUCCGCCACGCUCCGAAUUUACAAGUAUACCGGUGCCAAGGCUAUCAACACGCUCAACCUGUAUCCGUUGAAGAAUUAUGUGGACCGAAAUGGCAAUCCCGCGGUGGAUGAGCUUCGCCAAACCCUUCGGAAACGGGGUGAAAAGUUCCGUGAAUUCUGCGUCGCACGGAAAGGGUCCCAAUUGUUCUACUGCGAUGGUCCAAUUAUCAGCAAGGAGGCCGGAUACGAUCUCCUCUCAAACAGCCCGAAUCAAUUCGACACGAGUAGCAGUUCCGGCCUGGAAACCGUCGAUCAGAGUGGGAAUCGUUCAACUCGGCUCUCCGGUCCGGUCAUUGUGGACCAUCGGUCAUUCAUUCAAUAUGCGGCAGCGGACGACAUUGCCCCGAUGGGAGACUUGGAGAUUACCGAUAAUGCGUAUGAAUGCACUUGCUCGGAGUGCCGAAAGUCCCGAGAGUUGAAGAACAUGAUGAAGUUCAACUAUGACGAUGUUGCCGCGACCGACGAUUUUGACGAGGAUCAAUUUAUCAUCUGUCCGGCGCGGUUCCUGGGAUACAGCAUGAAAUCCAAGAAAUGGGUGCAGAUGCCAGUGGACUGUGUGCACGAGAUAAAGAACAAGAUCCGAAUGGACGCGUUUGACAAGUUGAUCAUGGAAGAGUCUUCCAAGAAGCUGAUCAAAAGCCUGGUCGCGAAUCAUGAGAAGAAGAAAAGGGCGGAGGACGGGGGGAAGGCCGGCAACGAUGACUGGUUUGAGGGGAAGGGGGGUGGUUUGGUGAUUUUGCUUCAUGGACCCCCUGGUGUUGGGAAAACAUCAACAGCAGAAAGCGUGGCACAGGCGACUGGAAAACCGCUUUUUGCCGUGAGCGUUAGUGAUAUCGGAUUGAAACCGGACCAAGUGGAAAGCAAACUAGCACAGGUGUUCAGCUUGGCGUCGAAAUGGGAGGCUAUUUUGUUGUUUGAUGAAGCCGAUGUCUUUCUCGAAUCGCGAGGAACGGAUAAAGGAGAUCUCAAUCGCAACUCCUUGGUGACAGUGUUCCUCCGUAUUCUGGAAUAUUACGACGGAAUCUUAAUUUUAACCACCAACCGGAUCAAGACAUUCGACGUGGCCGUGCAAUCUCGUGUACACCUCGCCAUGCGCUACAACAACAUGCAACUGGACGAACUACGCCAACUGUUCCUACAAUUUAUCAACGAACGUCCGAAAGAGAUUGCCAACUUGCGGGAAAUGAGGAACUGGAUCGAGGAAGAAUUCGAUGAAGAGGUUGACGGCCGUCAAAUUCGCAACAUCGUGUCGUCAGCUCGAGCGCUGGCCAAGUCUGAUGACAACGACGGGGGCAAACUGAAACUGGCGCACAUUAAGCGGGUAUUGAAGAUGACGGUCCAGUUCCAGAAGCAUUUGCGGGAUCAGCGAGUGGCGGCGCAGAGAGAUCGGGUGAAUGAUCGAUGAGGGAAACUAGCAACCAUAUCCUAUGCAGCCCCAAGCUACCCGUCUGCCAUUGAGCUGCUGCUGCCUUGGCUGAAUGAGCUAUGUCCGUAAAUAGACCCGAUAUCUCCAGCAUGUUUCUAUGAUCUGCCGAUUGAUCUAAUUAUAUCACAAAGAAAUAAUCCGCAGGAUAAUUGUC